AUGGCGAGAGUUAAUGCAGUACCAGGAACAAUCAGGACUGAACCUUACAGAAAGAAAGAUUUAUUGGAAGAAGAUGGAGGGGUUUACAGGCUUCAAUGUACGUGUGGAGUACCAUGCUACUCUAACGUUGGUAGAACUGGUAGAGCGCAACCAUUAUCAUUAGGAUACGGAUGCUAUUUUCCAGGAACCAUGGCUCACGAAUUGGGUCACGCCAUAGGAUUUUAUCACGAACAUAACAGAUCCGAUAGAGACGAUUAUCUCAAUAUAUUCUGGAUAAAUAUCAUGCAAAAUAUGAAACCUCAAUUUAAGAAACUAUUUCCAACUGAAAAUGUAUUGUACGACGAAUUUAAUUAUCGGUCUAUAAUGUUAUACGGAGAAACUGCAUUCAGUAAAAAUCCGAUAAAAUUCAAGACGAUGGUUGCCAAAAAAGAAGACGUGACUCUUCGUGACGUGCACGAUAAACAAGGUCCGGACGAAAGCGAUUAUUAUAGAAUAAAUAAGAUCUGUUUCAUUCCUACAAAUAAAUAUAAAUACACAUAA